AUGGUCACUGCAACCAGAGAAAUACCCCAUGAGGAGGUGGACGAGGAGGAGCAGGUAGAUUUGGUUCUGGACUUGUUGGAGUCUUUUAGCGCAGCCAUGACCUGGUACCAGCAGAAAAUUCUACUGCUUCUGAAGGCCACUGUCUCAGUAGCAGAACGGGUACGAUUGCUGACAGGAGAAGAGGAGGAGGAGGAUUCGAUGUUGGGGAUAUCCUCCUCAACAGAAAAAAAUGCUGAGGUUGAGGAAGUGCAAGUCGGUCAAGUUAGUUCUCCUCCAGUUAUAGCGAAGACGAUCAUAGAAGAGGCAAAGAGGCGGAUCGUAUCGAAGGGACACACGCAAAUGGAAGACUUUGCUGCUGAAGCUAGGAAGGACUUCGCGAACAGCACUUAUCUGGCUGAUUUGCGUGUCAAAUACAACCUCUUCGCUGCACGAGGGGAACAGCAAUUACUUCUGCGUUCUAUGCGCAAUAGCGCGGAAGAGGACGUCAAAUGUCAGUCUCAUCUGUCUGUUGCAGCUCAGAAAUUAGGAGACAUGUAUGGAAAAUUCUUAACAACUAUCAUCGACACUACUGAAAAUGUUCUGGCCGAAGGCUUUGCGAAGGAUGAAAGCACAGAAAGCGUAGGCAAUAUAGAAGCAGCGUUGGAUUCGUUGCACGAUGAAUUGAAAACAGUCACAGCAACUCUGGCACCAGAUGAAGAUGAGGACGAAGCUUCAGAAGCAGAAGAAGACGUUCUGAAGCUUAAGCUACAUAGCUGACCUUUCAUCGAGAGUGACCCACUCCUCGCAAGCACACUUAUAAGUACGCUACCCAAGAAUCAAAAUAGCUCCAUGUUUACCUUGAUCAUCCUCGAGUUCGCGCCUUCUUGAAGAACAGUUUCAUCAACUACCUCCAUGACCAUGUCCGCCUGAAUAAUACCCUUGUUACUCGCCCUCGUACUCGUGGUUCCUUUUACCAUUUCUUUAGGUCAGCAAGCUGGUGCUCGGAACUUCUAGAACUAGAACAACAUCGACAUCGUAUUUGUCUCCUAUGUAUAUUAAACAACAUAUUGGUCUCCUAUAUUAAACAAGCACUAGAACAACGGUCAUCUUGCUCUUUCUACCGAAAGGUACAAGAAGACGGAAGGGCCUCUAACUCUCAUAUUUGUCGUGUUCGAAAAUCG